AGCCUAAUUUUAUUGAUCUUUGAGGUGACGCGUUUUACUAGAAUACGUAAUUAAUGAACGGAAAUUGUAACCGAGAGUAAUGAGGCGUGACGAAAAUAAGAACGAGAUUGAAACAGAUACAGACGAUGACGAAUUAUUUAGUGAAAGUGAUGAAACCAUUUCGACCAGAAAUAUCAGUACUUCUUCGGCUGAACUAUUUUUCGAAUGGCUACCAAAGAAAUAUUUCAAAUUCUUCUUCUUAUUGAUUAACAGCAUAAUCCUCCUCACAGGUGUAAUGGCGAUAAUAAUAGCUAUCUGGAUGUUGACUGAUGCAAACUUUACAUCUAGACUGCUCAGCCAAGAACUUUUCAUAAUUAUUUUAUUAAUUCUAGGAGUGUAUGUGUCUCUUGUAGCUUUUACUGGAAUUAUAGGAAUGAUAAAGGAAAAAGAUAAUAUCAUGCUUUGUUACUUAAUAUGCCAAUCGAUCGCUCUCUGUGCUAUAUUUAUAUGUCUGACAAUGAGUUUUCCGUUUUUCGAUUUGAUUGCGAAAAAGAUUCGAAAUGACAUGGUCUACUCUAUGGAGUAUUAUCAACAUUUAGAAUCGGCUAUGAUAGGAUUUGAUAAUACUCAUAAAUAUUUAAAAUGCUGUGGAAUUAAAUCACCCAAAGACUGGUUAGAUCAUCACAUGAGUAUUCCGCAAAGUUGCUGUUCUGAUGUUCAAUUUGAAGAAUGCAUGAAACAGAUGAGAGAGGAGGUGUCUUAUAAAUCUGGAUGCUUAAAAGGAAGUUACAUGGUAGUAAAAUCGUACAUUCAGUCUGCCGCUAUUUCAAUGCUUGUCAUAUUUCCACUUAUGUUAAUCGGCGCGCUUUUAGCGUUUGAUUUACGAAAAAGACUGAGGAAGAGACUAAUAACGGAAUUAAUAACGGAAGAAGUGAUAUAUUCAUGAAGAUAUUGAGGGUGAACGUGACUUAGAAGUGAAUGACAAGUCCGGUGAAACGUUUUCCCGUUUUUUAUUAUCAUAUAUAGAUCAUAUAUUUUCUGAAAACACUUAAUAUAUUGUACUUAAGAUAGUAAUAUUGUAAGUUUAUUGGACAUGCUGGUUGGAUCGCCGUCUGCCGUGUGGCAGUGGUUCAAGUGGAAAAGUCCGUAAAUUAUUCACUUCCGGCGCUUCUACGAUGAUCAUCGAAUCAGGAUGUGUUUUCAACACGCGGGGGAGAAGGGGAAGGCGAAAAAAUACAUUUAUAAAAAUUGCUCGUGACCAUCGUAAUGUUCUCGUUUACGGAAAGGUUCAAAUGGUAGAGGGAGGGGAGUGUCUGAUCGAAUGGCGGAGGGGGGAUGAGUUCUUCCUUUUUUCUUCUUUUCUCUACGAUAAAAUAGAGCGUCUUACGUGAAAUCGAUUGCCUGUCGAUGCGAUACGAAAUAUUGACGUAGUGAUAAUUUAACGCGCGCGCGAUGCACCUGUCUUUUUCUCUCCAUUAAUCUUCUCGUCUAAAUUAUCGCUAAAUGGCUGCGGCAGUCGACACCGCGUUUAUAUAUAGCGUAUGUGCGUGUGUAUGCUAUGUCCA